AUGUCGGACACGGCCAAGCCUGACGAGACCCCGGCCGCCGCCGCCCCGGAGCGGGAGCCGGAGACCGACAUCGCCGCCAGCGAGGAGGAAGAGAUCACGGCGAUGAAGCGCCGCGUGGCGGAGAUGGAAGAGGAGGCCAAGAAGCUGCGCGAGAUGCAGGCGACGCUGGAGCAGCAGUCAGCCGACCUCGCCGACGACAAGGAGUCGGUCGACGCGCGCAGCAUCUUUGUCGGCAACGUCGACUACUCGGCCUCGCCCGAGGAGAUCCAGGCGCACUUCCAGAGCUGCGGCUCCAUCAACCGCGUCACCAUCCUCCUCGACAAGUUCACUGGCCAGCCCAAAGGCUACGCCUACGUCGAGUUCACAGAGCCCAGCCUGGUCGCCCAGGCGCUGGUGCUCAACGAGAGUGUCUUCAAGGGCCGCAACAUCAAGGUGACGCCCAAGCGGACCAACGUCCCCGGCAUGAGCCGUGGUCGCGGCCGCGGUGGGUUUCGCGGCGGGAGAGGCUUCCGCGGGGGGUUCCCGCGGGGCGGCUACCGCGGCGGCUAUCGGGGUCGUGCCCGUGGCUACACGCCUUACUAG